AACGAAUUCACAGUCCCUGCCUUUGACGACCCUCGCUCUCCCUUCUCCAUGGAGAGUAUUCUGGUUAUCUGAAUUUUCGGAUUUCGCCGUUGGAAGGACUAAAUGCCGUCCUCAUUUCGAGACGUACCGGAUUUGUAUUCUAACUUUCUAAGCUACCAAUGGUGAGAUGGAUGGAGCUCCUUUGGCAUGCUUUGCUUCGGUUCUUCCAAGUGAAGAUACCCAGAUUCGACAGGGUAGACCUGUUCUCGAGGUUGCCACCUGAUGUACUGGCUGAUAUACUUGCACGUCUGCCAGUGAAGCAUUUUCUUCGUGCCAGAUGUGUAUCGAAGGCAUGUUGCGCUUUAAUUGACAGCCAAUAAUUUGUCAAUUUGCACAUCAAGCGUUCCAUCGAAACCAAAGCUAACCAUCAUCUUAUUUUGGAAGAACGCCAAUGGCAUGAUGAACUUCCUUUUCACGUAGCAGCAACAAGUUCCACUAAUAUGUAUUCGGCUAGUCUCGAUGAGGGACUCGAUAGACCAUUAACACCGUUGAGAAACCCACUGAAAUCUGGAAAGCAUGGCGCUCAAUUAUUGAGUUGUUGUAAUGGGUUGAUUUGGCUGGGAAACUCCCAGCAUGAUCUUGCAUUGUGGAACCCAUUCACUAGAAGUUAUAAAAGGAUACCUGCUGAGUCUGUAGAGAAAUCAAAUGGACUCUCUGAUAUAUGUCAUUACUCCUAUGGGUUUGGCCAAGAAUCCACCCGCAAUGACUACACCGUUGUGAGCAUCACACAAUUUGGACGUGAUAUCCAUGGCCCUCCAGUGACAUAUGAAGUAAAGCUGUAUAGUUUGAGAUCAAAUUGUUGGAGAACAGUGCAAGGUUUCCCUUAUCUUGGAUAUUUUGUUAGUAGAGUUGGGUGCUUUGCGAAUGAUGCUUUACAUUGGUUAUUGACUAAAUAUUCUAGUUCGGGUAAGGAUGUCAAACUAGUUGCUUUUAAUCUAGGGAAGGAGGAGUUUCAGGAGCUGACAUUGCCAAUGUACACUGAAUCUUUUGACCCAAGUUUCCUCGUUGUCCUUCAAGGAUGUUUGUGUGUGUUAGCAAAGGACUCUGGAUGCAAGCUUACAAUCUAUGCGAUGAAGCAAUAUGGGGCGAGAGAGUCUUGGACCAAGUUGUGCACUAUUGGAAACGGGGAUGUUCCUGGAGUUUUAGAGUGUGUGUGGCCUUUGAUGUAUUCAAAGAAGGGUGAUAAACUACUUUUAGUGGAGAACCUUCAAGAUCUUAUAUGGUUAUGACCUACAGGAGAAGAAAGGUUCAAGGGUACGAAUGUUCAACUACCUGCCUGGAUUUAAUGUAGAGGUUUCUUUAGAAAGCCUUGUCAUGCUUGAUGAAAAGGUGCAACUUCUAUGAGUGAAGAGAAAUGGAAGAAGACAGGAAGGAUAUAACAAUGAGGUAAAGCGUUGUAUGUUCUUUUGGGGAUUUGAGAACCUCCCAUUUUAGUAUUUGUAUUGCACAAAUGGAUUGAUUCUAUGGUGUUACUUUCUUUAUCAUGGCUGGUGCCGUCUUAAGCUUUACUGGGUUGUUUUCUUUGAAUGAAAAAAUCUUUAUUUUCUUAAAA